UACAAGAUGGCGUUGCACCUGCCUUAACAGGCUAGAUGUUCCUUUUGGAAUGAAAGCACCGCGUAUAACACAAAUCGAAAGUAAGGGGUUCGGUGGAGUGGUGAUAACGUAUUGGUCUGUUUGAGCUGAAUCACAGGACGGCAGCAGCGCCGUCCAGCACUGCGCCAAAAUGUCGACAGAGGAACUGUCAACAUCGGACAGCGAAACUGCCUUGGCUGGCACGGGAGAGCGAUGGGCACCCGUUGGAGCGGUGGCCAACCCGGAGGAUGAACGAGGGAAACGGGACUUGAUGGAGCCUGGGCGCUCGCGUUCAGUGCCCUCAUCGGGCAAUGAAGGCGAGAUGGCAGCCAGACUGCGGAAACUGGAAGAGGAGCAUGAACAGUCGAACUCCUCACUGUUGGCCCUUACCUCACACUUUGCACAAGUGCAGUUUCGUUUGAAACAGAUCGUUCAUGCUCAUAGCGACGAGAAAGAGAGGAUGCUCAUCGAUUUGGAGGAGUUCGCUUUCAAGGGCUGUCCGCAUGUCGUUGGCUGUCGGGCGAAGGAUGCGCAAAUACUGGAAAACUCUAGUGAGCGUGAGAAGCGCGAGCGCCUGGAGGCCCAGCGGGAGAAGCAGAAGGACCUGAUCCUGCAGCUGAAGACCCAGCUGGAUGACCUGGAGCGCUUCGCCUACCAGGAGGGCAGCUACGACUCCGUGCCACAGUCAGUGGUCAUGGAGAGGCAGCGGGUGAUCAUCGACGAGUUGAUCAAGAAGCUGGACGUGAACCUGAACGAGGACAUCGGGCGGCUGAGCCCCGAGGAGCUGAGGCAGCGGGUGGACACGGCCAUCGCCCAGAUCGUCAACCCCGCACGCGUCAAGGAGCAGCUGGUGGACCAGCUCAAAACACAGAUCCGGGACCUGGAGAUGUUCAUCAACUUCAUCCAGGAUGAGGUGGGGAAUCCUCUUCUCUCUGAUGGCCAACAGAGUCAGCAGGCUGAUGCUGCCAGACCCAACACCAGAGGCCCAGCGGGCAGAAAGAAAGUGGACCCCGAGCAGGCCCAGAGGAUGCGUGAGACGGGCCUGCAGCUGAUCCAGCGUGCCCUGGCCGUGCUGCAGAUCUUCGCCGUCAGCCAGUUUGGCUGCGCCGCGGGCCACGUGCCCCAGACCCUGUGGGCCCAGGGCGGCGGAGGGGGGGAGUCAGGCAACGGCGACUACGGCCCCCUGCUCCAGAAGCUGGAGGCCGCGGUGGAGCGCGUGCGCGUCCAGGCCUCCCGCCGCCAGUCGGUGUCCCAGGAGGAGCAACACAUGGUCAGCUACACCGUCUGCCUGUCGCCCGGAGGGCCCCGCGACGAGCUGACCACCACCGUGCGCAAGGACCUGGCCAUGGCGCUGCGGGACCUGCUGGCCCACGGGCUGUACGCGCCCUCCCCGGGCAUGAGCCUGGUGCUGGCGCCCAUCGCCUGCCUGCUGCCCUACAGCCCCAGCCAGGCCCAGAACAUGCACCCCUGGGAGCUCUUCGUCAAGUACUACCACUCCAAGGACGGGCCGGCCUUCGUGGAGUCGCCGGCCCGCCAGCUGUCGCAGUCCUUCAGCCUGCCGGUAGGGGGCGGCAGUGGCGGGCGUGACGGCGGGCCGGUCACGGUGACGCCCAAGCAGUCGCUGCUGUGGGCCGUGCACCAGGUGCUGCACGAGCACAGCCGCUACAAGCGCGGCGCCGACUCGGAGUUCAAGGCGCUGGUGUGCGUGGCGCUCAACGAGAGGCGGCUGGUCUCCUGGCUGAACCUGCUGUGCAAGUCCAGCGCGCUGGUGGGCCCCCACUACCAGCCCUGGAGCUACAUGGCCCAGACGGGCUUCGAGGGCGCCCUGCGCAUCCUGGGACGCCUCAGCCACCUCAAGUUCAGCCUGCCCGUCGACCUGGCCGUGCGGCAGCUCAAGAACAUCAAAGACGCCUUCUGAAGGGGGGGGGAGUGAGGGAAUCGGAGCGGAGGUUCUUUCUCCUCCGCCCCGACUCCCCCCAACAAGGAUGCGUUCUAAAGGGAGUGAUGGGGUGAAGAGAUGGGGUGCUUUUUUUCUCUCACGACGACGCAUUUCAAAGGACAGGAAAGAGUUAAGAGAAUGGGGAGCCUCUUCCUCCUCGACAGCUUAGGGUAUGUGUCUAACUCUAAAGUCUUCCCCUCUUCCUCUUUCUCUAACUCUCUUGCUCUCUCUCUCCUACUUAUAUACUCUCCUUUCUCUCCCUUCUCCUGGCAUCACUCCUUCCUUCCUACCAUGAUGUGCUCUUGACCAAUGUGUUCCUUUGUCAUUUUCUCCCGUUGAGAAAACGAGGGACAAAAAGGAAAGAACAAGGGAAGAAAGCCUGAGAUGGAGAGAGUAAAUGCUGAAGGUUAACAGACAAUGGGGCCAUCACUGUCAUUCAAUCUCCCUUAGGGCUGUGAGAAUCUGAAAUAUGCUGCAUUGCUUUUCCCCUAUAGGCACUUUUAUUAUGAUACAGCUUACGCUACCUGGUGUUAUGCACAGCAGGGGGAAAAAAAGAUAUCAACUUAAAAUGCUGGAUUUUAAUUCCUGCGUGACUUACCUUGCAGAGCUGGCCCGACCAAUCAAUGCCACCAACACUACAAUGCUUGAAUAAGAUGGCUGUGAUGUCCUUUUGAUGUGCAAAUUGUAUGUCCAAAAAAAAGUUGUUACAAGUGAUGGAUAGCAUAUCAAGGUUAUUGUUGUCAGAUGUGGCUUCGUUGCCCUUCUGACGUGUUGAGACUUUUAUGCUGCAUGCCAUUGACGGUUAAUUUGAAUGUUUUAAACCACAAUAGGGUUGAACCACCUGCUCGUUAUGUGCCGUGUCUAUAUAAUACUGGGUACUUUCCCGAUUCAAUCACUUUAUAUACUGCAUUAUGUUAUAUGUACUGUAAGUACUUUUACUAUCUGAUCGAUAGUAUUCUAUAUCAUCUCAUAUCUUUUUAAUGGAUUUAGAAGUGCCAGUUGUGGAGGGAAAACAAUCAAAGAGUGCAAUCAACUCUAAAGGGAUGAAUGAGAGAAAGGGAAUGUCACCUGGACAUAAACAAGAGCUGGCCACCAACACAUGUUACAAGACCAUAAUCAGGCAGCCAUGGUGUUCAGGCUUAACCUGGUUCUCAUGCGAUGCUUGUUACUCGAAGUUUAACGAAGAUGCACGAAGCACGAAGGGUCUGCGUGAGAGCCAACCUAGCUCAGGCUCUGUUAAGACAAAUCUCAUCUGAGGUGAGGUAGGGGUGUUCUACCCAUGCCGGUCUCCAUGGCCACUCUCUGAGGUCAGGGACAGACAAGACGGAGUUGGAGUUGGGAUACAGUAAGGGACCAGGACCCCAUUUCUCAACCAGUUAGCAACUUACUUGGUGCCCUAUGGGAAAUUGCAUUGCAACUAAGUAAGUUGCUAACUUAGUUAGCAAAGACGCUGUCGAGAAACAAACCCCAGGUUACCAAGUCCUAGUAUUUACAUGUUUAUUGAUUCUGUCGGUUUUGGGGGGGGAAAUGAAUAAGACCUCUGCUGUACACAUUAAUACACUAUUGUGUAUUUUCAUCUUUCUCUAAUGACCUGUGUCAUGAUUUUGAUUCAAGACUGCUGGACCUUAAUGUUUGUACACUGCUGAUGUCUUGAUCUUUCACAAAACGGGGAGAGGGUUUCAGAAACCUCACUGGGUUGACCUGACCUGCUAGGAUCCCAACCUCCAGUGUCAAACUGCUGCUCACCGCCUUUUAAUGCCAUUUUAAUUCAUAUCCAAAAUGAAAACUAUAUUUGUAUUUCGCUACUAGAUACAUUUUUGUUUGUUUUGUUUUGUUGAGGCAAAUGAUUUGUGAUGGAUGUGAAAGUGACUGUUCUCUUUGUGUUGAAGGACCUGUAAUUUGUACACUAUGCUGAAAAGAAAAGCUAUGAAAGGAUUCAAACAUAUCUGAAAAUGUAUGAAUGUACACAAUUGUAUUCGCAAACUAUUCAUAAUGUGGUAGUGUUUCUUUGGCUAUGUAGCAAAUCAUGUGAUAUCUCAAAGGUUAACCCGUUUACAUGCCAACUUAAUUUGCCAUAUCCGAGUUGUCUGUGUAGGGACACUGUAAUUGUUUUCUUCUGCAUGUUCUGUUAAGGAUAUUAUUUAUUUAUUUAUUUAGAAGUAAAUCGUGUUGGUUGUAGUCUUUACUCUAGGAAAGGUAAAGCUUGUAAGUGACAAGUUUACCAUUGACUUACCUCGAAUGGAGUUGGUAUGACUAUGUUAUGAUUGUGUUGAUUCUUUCUGAUUUGUUAAACUACAAAGGAAUGACCUGCUGCAAUUGAAGUCCAAUUAACACACCUGCUGUACACCUCUCCUAUUGUGCCGACCAUCUGCUCUUGAACUCCUGUUUUUAACCACUAUAUCAGAGACCAAAUAAAUUCAUCAGGAGUACGUUUGAUGUCUGAUUAGUCUUGAUUUCUUAUUUCAAUACCAAAGUCUAACUCAUCUUUCAGAACAUAUGCGAGUUCUCGACUAGUUUCCUCUGAGCAGCUGUAAAACCGGCAUCGCUGGAGCAGCUGUGGUCCCCGAAUCUGAAGCAACCCUUUUUAGAAGGUAAACGAAUAAGGCAAUAUUUGCAAACCA